AUGAUCUACACGCAGCAAUACUCAUUCGCUGGAACACUGAGUGACGAGUGCGUGCUACCAGCCACGCCACCUCCGGUGGAACAACACGACAUCCUCUAUACCAUCUAUAACCGUGGACUUCUAAAGUCGUUGUGUUCCGCAAGUGAUCCGCAUGACGUGGCAGCAUUCUGGAUUCUCUUGUUCACACUUUCAAAAGUUGUCGAGUUGGGUGACACUCUAUUCAUCGUGCUGCGUAAGAAACCGUUGAUUUUUCUUCAUUAUUAUCACCAUGCUGCUGUUCUCAUCUACGCUUUGCAUUCUGCAGCUGAACAUUCAAAUCCGGGCCGCACUUUCGUCUUCAUGAAUUACUUCGCACAUUCUUGUAUGUAUACCUACUUCGCGUUGACCGUUUUUGGAGUGCGGGUGCCACGAUGGAUCUCAAUGAGUGUCACCAUUAUACAAACUAUCCAGAUGUUAGCCGGUGUGGCCAUAACAUUCAUCAUAUACAGAGUCAAAACUGAAGAAUGGAUGCCUUGUCAACAAUCUAUGGGAAACCUUUAUCUUGCAUUUGUCCUCUAUACAACGUUCGCUGUUUUAUUCCUACACUUCUUUUAUCAAGCCUAUAUCGUGAAAUCGAAAAGAAAAACGAGAACAGAGUAG